GACUCUUCAGACUUCGGGCACAGCAGUGCAUGACAUUGCUCACUCGAUCACAGACCAAGGCCCUGGACCGGAAGGCGGGAAAAUCCCUCCUGGCCUAUGAGGAACGCAUGGCGGCAUUCAUUCAGGAGGCCAACGAUAGGGCCGCCGCCGCGGCCAAGAAACGUAAUCGGCUUGAACAAGAGGAGGAGGCCAAGCGACAGAAGGAGGAACAGGACCGACUUCGUCAAGAGGAGGCAGACCUGCAGGCGGCAGCCGAACACUGGUCACGCCAGCGGGAACGACUGUUCACGCGGGAGACCGUGAUCGGCGAUGAGGUCGCACAUUGGGUGGAAGUGGCAUCUGCAGACGGGGCCCCGGAGACUGAGAAAGGGUUGUCAGCCCUUGCGCAGGUCUCCCACGACCUCGUGGCCACCUGCGCUCUGCAGCAGGAGGAAAUCCUUCACCUGCAGCAGACAGUGGACCAGAUGCUCGCACUGCUGCAGGCGUUGGAGAAACAGCCAGCUGCUGUAGCAGUCGCAGGGCCUUCCAACCUUACCACCCGUGUGCACGUUUUGGAGGAUGAGGUCAGCAACAUCAAGCGUGUGCAUCAGGAGUUUCGGACGUCGCAGCAAGCAACGAACUUGCAGUUGGAGACGCAGGUCCAGGCUGCUGCCACCGUAACGCCCGCCGCCGCAUCCUCCCGGCGCCCAUUCAAACUGGAUGACAUUCCAGUUUUCUGCGAUCAGUCCAAGACRGAACCGAUCCCGUGGUGGCGCCAGUUUACUCUCAGGCUCGACAUGCACCAUGUCCCGAACAAGGAUCGACAUCCGUGCUUGUACCACCGAUCUAGUGGUGCGUGUCAAGCAUGGUUGGACAACAUCUUGACCAGCCACGGCGUAGCAGUGUCGGAAAUGCACACCAAGCUCACUUGGCAGGAGUUGACUGACGCCUGGCACAAGCGAUUCCAAGUGGAGCCGCCCGACCUGCAAGCGAUGGACAGGCUCAACAAGCUCCAUCAGAACACGCUGCUCAGUCAGGACUAGAUUACCGAGUUCCAAAGACUCACCUCCACACCUGACCUGCCGCUUGCUUUCCGCGCCAAUAAGCACU